CAAGCCUCCACACGAUACUCAGCCCUUUGCAAAGAUGGCCGUGGCUCAACCUUCCACAAGUCUUCUCGAAAGGCUUGAGGAGCUGAUCAACAUUGAUGCCGAUACGCUCGAUUAUGAUUUCAUCCAGUCCCUCCCGAUAAUCCCCCAUGAUCAGACCAGCAAUCCAUUCUGGCUGCACAUGCAGAUGAGCGACCCGAAGAAUGCCGGCGUCGUCAAGAAAGUUGCACGCGAGCUUCAGGAUGAGGGAUUCCUGGCGGUUUACACAAGAUUGGCUGUUCUGUUUAGUAGCCAGAAUCUGACCGCUAUCAGCGGGAGGGUUCUCGUUCAGACGCUCCCGUCGACAGCGAACGAUGUCAACGCGACAGUCGAACACGCACGAGCAUACGUCGCCGAGUUUGCACGGGCGGGAGUUCCCCGUGACAGAUACUGCAUCAAGAUCAUGGCAACAGGGGCAGGAGUGAACGCAGCAGAAGUUCUCAGCGGUGAAGGGAUACCCACGCUGGGUACUGGUAUCUUUAGUGUCGAACAAGCAGUUGCCUGCAGCCAGGCCGGUUGCUUGUUCAUCAGCCCAUACUACAACGAUGUGGCUGAUCCGGCGAUCGAACAUCCCUUUUCGAACCGGCUGCUCCAGAUGGUAAAGGCCUUCAAGGACAUGCAUACAAAGACGGGUCGUCGACAACCACUGAUCAAAAACGCAGCGUUCCGCUCCUGGCAAGAAGUUGUGGCAUCCGCAGAGAUCGGUUGUCAUUCGGCCACCAUCUCUAUACAAACACUCAAGGAGCUGGCCGAGACUCCCGCUUGCGAUGUCACGCUACCUGCUUUGAGGAAAGUUGCUGCAUUGGAAAAUCCCUAUGCUGCAGAUAGUCACAUACCUCCAUCGAGACUCAGAAGCUUGCUGGAGGGAGACCCUCUUGCUCAGGCAGAAUCGUGGACGCCGUGUAAUCUUGAUAUUGAUUACCUAUCCGACCUGGGGAAGGAAUUGGAAAAGGCUUUGAAUGCAGACGAUGCUGCUAGACGCAGGUUUGGGGAUGCGCUUGGGUGGUUUCUGCAGACUGAAGCGGAAAGCCGAAACCUCAUCCAAGGGUUUUGGGCCGAAACUCAUUUGUAGGUGGUCAGGUGAACAAUUAAGUUCGUCAAUAUUGUUGGACUAUGCUAC